AUGAUCGUUCAAUUUGCUACAGUGCAGCUAUGGUCUGCUAUUACCGGAACUCGCCCCGGUGUCUUGCUUCCACAAAAUACCUAUCUGCCCGACAAUUCCUCCCUUGGCAAACGCAAACGAACCCACACGUUUGAAAAUCUUCCGGACUCAGUCUGCUAUCGUGAUAUUAAACUUUUCUACCUAAAAGAUCCUCAAAGCAAACGUGACAGUUUCGCAAUCUUAAGGGUCGGCCGGAAGGCGCCGAUGGGUAAGGAGGCAACUGUACCGCAAACUUACAUAUCAAUUGACCUGACGCUUAUGUUUCUUUUCAGAACCAAGUUUUUCAUGCACGGUGACUACCAACUGGCAUAUUGCCCGAUCGCUCAGAUAAUCUCGUUCGCUUUCCUUGACGGGGCUUUUGUCAAUACGGAGCUCACGCCAGAGCUCAUUUAG